UUUUUCCUUAUGUAAGCCGAACGCACGAAGGAAUUAGUUUACCCCCUUUCCUCUCCGUCCUUCCAGCCCUAGAAAAGGAGGGGCAUUCUGCUCGCGUUAGAUCAUCUUCUAGCUACUUCAUCUUCGCAGGCGAUAGAGUUAGGCUUUCUGGGUAGGAACUUGCAAGUGAAAUCUAAGCAGCGGCAGAGAUUUUUUUUGGUCGUUAGUGGCGAUUGGGGGUGAGAUUUCGCGCGACCUAGGUUUUAUGUGCAUUGCUGAUGAAGUGAUAAAGGAUCAAUAAGUCAUUGUUUUCUACUCUCCUAGCCCAGUCCUGGAAACAUGACGGUGUUACUGCCUGGGGAAUCUUCAAAUCAUGGCGGUUCUGAGAGCGGGACUUCAAGAAGCUCUCAGGAAAAGCCAGAGGACGGAGCUCGUUGGUAUUUUACAAGGAAGGAGAUUGAAGAAAAUUCCCCAUCAAGGAGAGAUGCCAUUGACUUGAAGAAAGAAACAUAUUUACGCAAGUCAUAUUGCACAUUUUUGCAAGAUCUUGGCAUGAAGCUUAAAGUACCCCAAAUAACUAUAGCCACAGCAAUAGUGUUCUGUCAUCGAUUUUUCAUUCGCCAGUCACAUGGGAGGAAUGACAGACGGACUGUAGCAACUGUGUGCAUGUUCCUUGCUGGUAAAGUUGAGGAGACUCCUCGUCCACUGAAGGAUGUAAUUCUUGUCUCGUACGAGAUAAUAAAUAAAAAAGAUACUACUGCAGCACAGAAGAUCAAACAGAAGGAAGUAUAUGAGCAACAAAAAGAACUUAUUUUACUUGCGGAGAAGGUUGUCCUUAGCACUUUGGGUUAUGACUUCAAUGUCCAUCACCCUUACAAACCUCUCGUCGAGGCAAUUAAGAAAUUCCAAGUUGCACAGAAUGCACUUGCUCAAGUGGCUUGGAAUUUUGUUAAUGAUGGACUGAGGACUUCACUCUGCCUGCAAUUUAAGCCACAUCAUAUUGCAGCAGGUGCCAUUUUCCUUGCUGCCAAGUUCCUCAAAGUGAAGCUUCCAUCAGACGGUGAGAAGGUCUGGUGGCAGGAAUUUGAUGUCACCCCACGCCAAUUAGAGGAGGUCAGCAAUCAGAUGCUUGAACUAUAUGAGCAAAACAGAGUGCCUAUGUCACAGGGGAGUGAAGUGGAAGCUGGAGGGGGCCAAGCUCAUUCUGGCCCAUCCAAAACCCCCACUUUGAACGAGGAGCAUGCUUCAAAGCAAGCAUCAUCUCGUUCGGCGGCUGAAAACUCAUAUGCAGAAAACCACAGGGUGGCACCAAGAACAACGCAGAAUCAGAGUAACAAUGAUAAUGGCAAUGCAGAGGGGGAUAGCGUUAUUAAAGAUCACAAGGCAGACUUGGAAAACAAGGAUGUUCUUCAACAGCAUCCAGAUAAUAAUGCUAAUUUGUCCCUCAAGGAAAACACGAGAGAAGUUCCAAGCAAAUCCAGGUCUGGGGCAGAGCGAAUAAAUGGAAAAGAACAAGAAAGAACUGAGGAAAGGAGCGGCGAAGGUGCGGAGGCAGCAGGAGAGGGGAAAGAUGAUACGCCACGGAAGUCUAGUAGUGGUAUGGCAGGGCGAAACUUGGAUGCUGCUAGAGAAGGCUCAGUCGGUCAAUCCCCUAAAGAUGCCAUGAAGAUGAUUGAUAGGAACAAGGUAAAGGCUGCACUUGAGAAAAGGAAGAAAGCUCGUGGAGAAUUGACCAGGAAAAAAGAUGUAUUGGAUGAGGAUGAUCUUAUUGAGAAGGAACUGGAAGAUGGAAUAGAAUUGGCAGCUGAGGAUGAGAAAAGCAAGCGGGAGAGGCGGCAGAACUACUGGUCCAAGAUGGAAAGUGCUGCAAAGGAUCAUGGAGAAAUUGACGAUGGGGAGAACCAUGAGGAAGGAAGAUCUUCUAGAGGGUUGGACGUGGAGAAUGCUGCUGAGGAAGGGGAAAUGUUGGAAGAUGAUGCUUUGGUUGUGUUGAACAGCCGAAAAAGGAAAGCUGGGGGUAGCCCGGACAGACAGCAGUCAGAGGGGAAGAAGCGACACGAUUAUUUGCCCAGCAACAACAAUUAUAGCCAUGAUUCUGUGGAAGAAGGGCACAAGGUGGGCAGGGGUGGUGGGUACGGGGAUCACAGGAGGCAUGCUCAAGAGAAUCAUUCGUGAAGGAUCAGGGAAAAUGAAUGAAGCUUGCUUGCUUUGGGACUUUGCUGCUGAACUCUUCUCUUCUGUCUGCUCUGCCUCCUCUCAUAUUGGCUUUUGGUUUGGGAUUUUUUCGUUGUCUGAAAUGGCAUAUAUUCUCAGGGAGGGCACUGACUAAUAUGAAUGCUGGUGAUGAUGAGUUUAUGGCUAGGGGAUGAUGAGUUUAUAACAAUGGCAGGUGUGAGGCCCUUCCCCACCCCAAAUCCCAAGAGAGAGAAAGAAGGAAAAAAAUUGUAAGAGUAAAGAAAAAACUGAGGUUGAGAGACUGGAGUUUGUAAGGUGGCAUAUUUUAUUGGCCUAGUGUAUCGAAAACAAGAAAAAAGAAGAAAAAAUGGAAAAAGAGUAGAAGGAAAAAUUUAGUGAUGAGUUAUUGAGUUGAGUACUCUGUGAAACCUUCUUCAUUCUCCUGUCGUACUAUAGUUCUAUGAUUUUGGUUUCAGAAGAUGGGUAGUAAGAUUUAUGUAAAUUUGUGU